CGAUUCGUUAAAUUCUGGCACGUGUUUGUCUACACCUAGAUUUCCCUUUUGAUUAUUUCUGAUAGCAUAAUUCCCUUGUACUGACAUGUCUCUGAAAUUUCUUUACAAUCUGCAUCUGUUUAAUAUAUUUUUUAAUGAAUAACUAGUUACAUACUGAUAAAGAUUUUAUUGACAGAUCAACAUGGGUUUUGUAUCUCGAGGUUUGAUUUUUCUGUUGGCAAUAUUUGUGCUGAUAUUAGGCACACCAUGGUCGUGUGCCUUCGGAAAGACCAGAAGUAAUGUGAAAUCAGCUGUUUUUCUGUCUCCCAAAUUUGAACUUGGACCAGGAUCGGUUUUGAAUAGAUUUUAUUUUGGUAUUGAUUUUCCUAGAGGCCAUAUUGCAGUUAAGAGUUUUGAUGCUGAAGUAGUUGAUGAAGCAGGGAACUCUGUGCCUCUCCAUGAAACUUAUAUGCACCACUGGGUUGUUGCAAAAUUCUAUCAACCUAAAAAUGAUGGCCAUAACCAAUCUGGCAUUAUAAUGGCGAGGAACGGUGGCAUAUGCCAGACAAAUAUUAAUGGACAAUACUUUGGCCUUGGUUCUGAGACACGAAGAACAUCUACAAAUAUUCCAGAUCCUUUUGCGAUAGUUAUAGGUAAUCCUGCAGAUAUUCCAGAGGGGUAUGAGGAGAAGUGGAUGUUCAAUAUCCAUGCCAUUGAUACCCGUGGUGUAGUGGAUAAGAGGGGUUGCACCGAGUGCAGGUGUGACCUUUAUAAUGUUACAAAGGAUGAACAUGGGAAGCCUCUAAGUUCAGACUAUAAAGGAGGUUUGUUAUGUUGCUAUGAUGAUACUCACUGCAGGUUGAGGGAAGGCUUUGAGGGCCCAAAGAGGAGCCUCUACCUAAAAUACAUAGUAAAGUGGGUUGACUGGAACAAGUUCAUUGUGCCUGUUAAGCCUUACAUAAUUGAUGUAACUGAUACUUUUAAAGUAUCAGAUGAUUCUAGUGGAAUGAUCCCUAUACAUGAUUGCCAAAUUGAGUAUCAGGUGGAACCUUGCAGCACUGGCGACAUGAAUGGAAAUGGCUGUGUUGAUGUGAAGAGGACAAGCGUUCCAAUGCAAAAGGGUGGUUAUGUCAUCUAUGGUGUUGCUCAUAUGCAUGCAGGUGCUGCUGGAUCCACUCUAUAUGGACAGGAUGGAAGGGUUAUAUGUUCUUCAACACCAAGUUACGGAAAGGGAAAGGAAGCAGGAAAUGAGAAAGGCUACAUUGUAGGAAUGUCUACAUGUUAUCCUCGACCAGGUUCUGUCAAAAUAAUUGAUAGUGAAACUUUAACUCUAGAGGUUAACUACAGCAACAGCCCUGGGCACACAGGAGUAAUGGGGCUUUUCUACCUAUUGGUGGCAGAACAGCUUCCACACCAACACUUCAGACAUUCCUCUCGUUCUUCAUUCUUUAUGAAUGUAAAUAGUAAAUCUGAUUGAUAUGUAACUAGUGAUAAACUAAUAUAAGUGUAGUAUCUCUAAGUAUGUAUGACAGUCAAUAGAAAUA